AUGAUGCUGUUGAGACGGCUCCUAAUGUUAUAUUUCAGCAUCACAAGCAGUGCAUUGACUCGAAACAUUGGAGUCUUUGGCCUCACUGCUUUUUCCAGGAUACCCCUCUCGCUGUCCACGUCUUCAGCUGGCCAAAAUUUCUGUGAAGCCAAAAUGUCCAAUUCUCCCACAACUGCCGCGGAGGCAUCCGACGAGACAACUCAUACCCGAGACUUGCAACAACAAGACACAAAAGAUAAGGAUCCAGAAUUGGGCCAAAAAUCCUGGAGAUCGUUAAUCGAGAUUUCCAUGGCCCGAUCCCGAAAAAUUCGAGGAUCCAACUAUGUACAACUUGCCACCGUAGAUUUGGAAGCCAUGGAACCACGGUGCCGUACGGUGGUCUUUCGGGGCUUUCAAAAAUUUCCAGCUGACCACAAGAACAACAGUGGUGCUUGCGACGACUUGUCGACUGUCCUGAAAAUGUGCACCGAUGCACGGUCUCGCAAGGUCCAAGAGUCCCCAGCAGGAGAGAUUGUCUGGUGGUUUGCCAAAUCCAGCGAACAGUAUCGGAUGCGUGGCAAACUCUUGUACGUGGGCGGUCAAAAUGAUGGAGACGAUCCAGAACUAAGCAAAGCUCGUAAAGAGCUAUGGGGGAAUCUCAGUGAUCCAGCACGAGAAAGCUUUUUUGACCAAAAUGUACCCGGAGCACCCACGACAAAAACGACAGCAACGAAUGACGAGAGUGCACCUGCUGGAGGACGAGAUGCGUCUGCUGGAAAGCCAUUGCCUCCUCCCGACAACUUUCUCCUGAUGCUUCUGUUUCCUCAUCAUGUGGAUUACCUGAAUUUAAAGGAAAACUAUCGGCAAGUAGAUACCUUCUCGAAAGAUGAGAGUUCAUGGUCUUUUCAACAAGUCAAUGCCUGA